AAUCAAGAAACUAUUUCCAAACACCUCUGGCAUUCCUCUGGUGGAGUUUGAAGCUGGAGCCGCAUGCAUAGACAAGGACCCCGUGAAGGUUGGCGUCGUGCUGUCGGGUGGUCAAGCUCCUGGCGGCCACAACGUCAUCGCUGGCAUUUUUGAUGGCAUCAAGGCAUGGAACGAGAACUCGACCAUGUACGGAUUCCUGGAUGGACCUCAUGGGGUUUUUGCUGGCAACUUCGUUGUCAUUACCGAUGAGAUCAUGGAUGGCUUUCGCAAUACAGGUGGCUUCGACAUGCUGGGCAGUGGGCGGCACAAGAUCGAGACAGAGGAGCAAUUCCGAGACUCUAUGACAGUGUGCAAUGCCAUAGGCCUUGAUGGUUUGGUCGUCAUCGGCGGAGAUGACUCAAACACCAACGGCGCAGUUUUGGCGGAGUACUUCAAGGCAAAUGGCUGCAAGACGAAGGUGAUCGGUGCUCCCAAGACCAUUGAUGGAGAUCUGAAGUGCCCACCGCACUUGCCUGUGUCGUUUGGCUUCGACACAGCCUGCAAGACCUACGCGACAUUGGUAGGCAAUGUCGCAGUCGACGCACUCAGUGCCCAGAAGUAUUACCACCUGGUCCGUUUGAUGGGGCGUUCAGCCUCCAACAUUGCCUUGGAAGUGGCGCUUCUGACGCACCCCAAUGCCUGCUUGUUGGGAGAAGAGGUUGCAGAACAAAAGCAAAGCUUGAAAGACAUCACAAUAGAACUGGCCGACAUGAUCGAAGCACGAAGCAAGGAUGGGAAGGACUACGGCGUCAUACUCCUUCCAGAAGGUUUGAUUGAGUUCAUUCCCGAAUUCAAUUCCCUGAUCUCUGAAAUCAACGACAAGCUCGCUCAGCCAGAAAUCCAACCAACUGAAGAGGCCAUUCUGAAUGUUCUCUCCAAGGAAAAUGCCGACUGCUUCAGGUAUUUGCCUGCCUUCAUUCGUGCGCAGCUUUUGCUUGACCGAGACCCUCAUGGCAAUGUACAGGUGGCAAAGAUUGAGACCGAAAAGCUCCUGGCUGCGACAGUUCAAAGCGAGCUGGAGAAUCGUAGAGCCUCAGGGUACAAGGGCACCUUCUCUCCUCAGUUCCAUGCUUUCGGAUACGAAGGUCGUGCGGGCAUGCCCACCGUUUUCGAUUCAUCGUAUUGCUAUGCAUUGGGAUAUACAGCAUCGUCGCUGCUUGUCAACGGCUGUACAGGUCUUAUUGCGAGUGUGAAGAAUUUGCUGGCUCCUUGCAAGGAAUGGCAAUGCGGUGGUGUGCCAGUCACAUCCUUGUGUGUCAUCGAGAGGCGUAAGGGCAAGGACAAGCCUGUCAUCCGGAAAGCCUUGGUGGAAAUGACCGGCGAUUUGUCCCAGCCAUUUCAGUUCUACAAAAAGAUCCGGAACGAUCUGCGAAUUUUGGACAUGUACCGAAUCCCUGGACCCAUGCAAUUUGACAUGGUCAACUGUGAGGUCUCCAAGGACAGACCUAUAUUAUCCUAUAUAAAGGGCUCCGCCCCCUGCCGCCGACCCCUGGGCAUAUCUUCUGUGGCGCGUGAGCAACUGCGCCAUGGUGACUUGUCCGACAAUAACCAUCGCUUUCUGCACGGGCGGCCUACCACAGUGCUAGGCAGCUGGAUUGCUGGGCAGGCGACGUGCCAACAACCAAGUUGCGCCGCGUUGCCUACACAAGGCCUAAUUCCAGAAGCCAUACAAGAGGCUGAAUGCAGCUACUGUGCGGCGGAUCGCCGUUCGCGCAUACUUGUGGCGCAAGGAGCUGCGGACACACGGUUCCAGAAGGAAUUUGCAGAUGCGGUCGCGAUUUUCGGCACCAACGACAUCAAAUACCACGUGAACAAGCUUCGCGCCAUACAGUGGGCGAAUGCCAGAGACAAGCAACCGUAUUUAUUUGUUGCGCAAGAUGUUGCGUCGUCUGUGGUCGUGCAGGAGAAGCCGAAUUUGACGACGGAGAAAUUGCAAUGGUUGCAGCGACACGACAAAGAGUGCGGUGGACUGUACGGCGUGUUGCCGUUGUGCGUCGGCAUGCCUGUCCGUGCAACAGAUCACCUCGACCGGAAGCGUGGCAUUCUAAAAGGCACCAAGGGCUACGUCGUCGGUCGGUCCACGAUUGCCAAUGAGACGCCUGCGCCGGAAGGAGUCGUGUGCAACACUUUGCCGGCCGUGGUGUAUGUGAGGUUUGAAACCGCAACCUCAUGGCAUGUGCCAGGUCUGCCGGAUGCAAACGUAUACCCCGUCGGAACUUGCAGGCGUGUGUGGUACUUAGACCGGCAACGCCAACGCCCCAAGCUGCGUGUAUCGCGGACGCAAUUCCCGCUCGCACCCCAGUUCGCCAUCACCGCGCAUGUGGCGCAAGGACAGACCAUCAAAGAGGGGGUGAUGACGGAUCUUUGUAUAGGUCCCACAGGAAAUCCCUUCACGGUCUAUGUCGCGAUCACUCGCGUCACAGGACGCGAAAAAUUGUUGAUUUUUCGACCUUUUGACGCCGCUCCAUUCCAAAAGGGAAUUGGUUUGGGCCGAGACCUUCUUCUGCGACACCUUCGAGGGGAUUUCAUCAACUGGCAAUCGUUGUUGGCCAAAUACUGCGAAGAACGUCGGUGUGCAACCUGUACGGAACGCAAGCCAGCAGCAGCCUUCACGACCGGUCAAUGGAAGCGCGAGGACAAGGAUCGCGUCUGUCGCGAAUGCACAAAGCACUACGCAGACGCAGGAACGCCGUGGCAAUGCAACGUUUGCAAGCUGUGGCAUGCCGAAGACAAUUUUCCAGCAAAGCAUCGUCAACGGCAGUGUAGUUUUUUUCGUGUGUGUUUGACAUGUGAAGUGAAGAAACCUUGUUUCAAGUGUGGCGUUGUGAAAGCAGAAUCCGACUUUGGCGCAGCCGCAUGGAAAGCUCGCAACGCGGAUCGCCGCUGCUGCAGAGAAUGUGCCACCAAACUACGCGGCUGUUGGCAAUGUCGCCAGUGCGCGGAACGCAAGCCACGAACAGAGUUUACAGCUUGGCAACAAGGUCGUGAAUAUACUCAAAACGGCACACAAGUAUGCAACGCAUGCACAGCCUUUGCCUUCGUUUGCCGUCUUGCUCAUCGCACGAAUCAACGCCUGGCCCGCUUGCGCCAACGCGAAACCCGCCACCGGCACGCAGCAAUCCUAGAGGACGUUCGCAAGGAAAUUCAGGAAAUACACGAAGCAAGACAAACUUCCACGCGAGCAGAAGGUCCCAAAACGGACACUGCCCACUCAUCGAACCAGCAGCUUGCUGUCGGGCCUGACACAGCACCGCCACGACUGCACAUAUACAUCUGCCCGUACUGUGCCAAGUCUGUGCAAAGCCCUGUGGCAACAGGGCGCGUCGAUCACCGCCGCGGUAAUGGCUGCGGCAAACAAUUUCGCGUUACCAAUGGCCUGCUCGCAGGUCGCACAUAUUCGCAUGCAUGUCCAACAUGCGGCACGGUGGUGCACUCAACACUGGCUUCCGGCCGAAUUCGGGUAACGCAUCGCAAUCCCAGCGGCCGGCAGUGUCGCACCAACCAGUGGCGCGUGCAUACCUGA